AUGAAUUCCGAGUAUCUCUCUGACGAUAUUUUAGAAGAGCACUUUAUAAAAAUCUACCGAUGUUAUCGUCGUGUCGAGGUUGUAUUGGGAUCCUGCAGAGUGGACGUUCGAGACAGAUUCGUGACCGCACCAACUAAAUAUCAAAAAUUUUAUACCAUAGCUUUGGUUGCUAUCUCUACAUAUUUAUAUAUCUGUACAAACAAACUAAUAUAUGAUAACAAAGUCCCAAACCAUUCAUAUUCUUACUAUAUGUAUUUUUGUGUAAUGCUACUAAGCUAUGUUUCAUAUAUAUGCAAUAUUAUACAUGUCCGCUUCGUAAAUUCUGAUGAAAAUUCGCAAUUCUUAGUUCAAUUGCAAAAAGUAGACCGUGUGAUGAAUAUUGAUGGAAAUAAACGUAUGUAUUCAUUUAUAUAUCAUACAAAUGUUCUUACAUUAUCCUUACUUUUGAAGUCAUAUGUAUUACUAUAUGGAAUAUCAUGGUACAAAAAUGUAAGAGAUGCAAUUGAACUUUUGGGUGAAUUUUGCAAUGAAGUGACCUUCGCAAUUGAAAUAAGUCAUUGUGCGAACACGAUUGUAUUCUUUGUUACAAGAUUGAGAUUUUUAAAUUGUAUACUAUUAAACCAUUUACAAAAGGAUGAUAACAAGAACGAAAGCUUUUUUCCAACUAAAAAUGGAAUGCAAUAUAUAGCCGCUAAAACGCACGAUUUUGUAUCAACGGACACUUUUGUUUGUCUGAGAGCAAUAUUAGAUGCGUAUAGUAAAUUUCAAAAACUUUACAGAUUUCAGAUAAUGUGCGUUCAUUACACAGGACCAUUGCGAGAUAAAGCAAAAAAAAUGUUGAAAUUGAUAGAAGAGGCACCGCCGAAAUUCUCUGUUUACGACAUGUGGCAAAUGGAUGUAUUCUUUAUGCUAAAAGUUUUUAACAUUCUCACUACUUAUAUUAUUACUACUUUGCAGUUUGCUCUUCUUUAG